AUGGCGAAGGCCGUCCGCCGGCCGCGCGGCCGGGCGCUGUUGCUGUUGGCCCGACGCGAACCGCUGCCUGUAGAGGGCCGGGUGGAGGGCCAAAUGAAAAAUAAGAUACAACGCAUUACUGGAAUCAUGAAGCAGUGGCUUGCUUUUAUGUCUAAAAUGUUUCCUGAAAUGGAUUGCAUAAAUGAAAUAGAAUCAGCUCUUCAUGAUGAAGUUGGUCAUAUUGAAAUGGAUGGUGAUGAUACAGAGCACGCUUGUAGUGAUGAUGAUGGCCAUGGUGCUUACAGUAAUAAUGAUAUUGGCAUCGAUCCUGAAGACUCAAAUGAAAAUGUUUACUCUCCAACAAAUGAUGUUCGGCCUAACAGUUCUGAAGAAUCAAUUGCUAAUGCGUACUCUCCAACAAAUGAUGUGCAGCGUGAUGGAAGCAUAUGA